CUCCGAGGCCCGCACAGCGCUCCCUGCCUGCUCGCGGCUCGCUGGCGCCGGGGUGCUCCGACAGCUGGGCUUGCCGCGGCUGCCUCUCCGGCCCCCGCCCGCCAUGAGGAGUGCGCAGCCCCUGGUCCUUUUCUCCCUGGUUGCCCUUUGCCGGCGCGGGGACUGCCGCGUGGCCAAUGCAGAGGAGAGGCUUGUAGAUGACCUUCUGAACAGAACCCGCUACAACAAGCUGAUCCGCCCAGCCACCAGCUCGGCCCAGCUCAUCUCCAUCCAGCUGCAACUGUCCCUGGCCCAGCUCAUCAGCGUGAAUGAGCGAGAACAGAUCAUGACCACCAAUGUCUGGCUGAAACAGGAGUGGACCGACUACCGCCUGGCCUGGAACAGCUCCCGCUACGAAGGCGUGAACAUCCUGCGGAUCCCUGCAAAGCGCAUCUGGCUGCCGGACAUCGUGCUUUACAACAAUGCCGACGGCACCUACGAGGUGUCCCUCUACACCAACGUGGUCGUGCGCUCCAACGGCAGCAUCUUCUGGCUGCCGCCCGCCAUCUACAAGAGCGCCUGCAAGAUCGAGGUGAAGCACUUCCCGUUCGACCAGCAGAACUGCACCCUCAAGUUCCGCUCCUGGACCUACGACCACACCGAGAUCGACAUGGUGCUCAAGUCGCCCACGGCCAGCAUGGACGACUUCACCCCCAGCGGCGAGUGGGACAUCGUGGCGCUGCCGGGCCGGCGGACGGUGAACCCGCGGGACCCCAGCUACGUGGACGUGACCUACGACUUCAUCAUCCGCCGCAAGCCGCUUUUCUACACCAUCAACCUCAUCAUCCCCUGCGUGCUCAUCACCUCGCUGGCCACCCUGGUCUUCUACCUGCCGUCCGACUGCGGCGAGAAGAUGACGCUCUGCAUCUCCGUGCUGCUGGCGCUCACCGUCUUCCUGCUGCUCAUCUCCAAGAUCGUGCCGCCCACCUCCCUGGACGUGCCGCUCGUCGGCAAGUACCUCAUGUUCACCAUGGUGCUCGUCACCUUCUCCAUCGUCACCAGCGUGUGCGUGCUCAACGUGCACCACCGCUCGCCCAGCACGCACGCCAUGGCGCCCUGGGUCCGGCGCUGCUUCCUGCACAAGUUGCCCGCCUUCCUCUUCAUGAAGCGCCCGGACAGCAGCCCCUCGAGGACCCCCCGGCCCAGCCAGCCUCGCCCGACCCGGUCCGAGGCCGCCGCCUCAGCCGCGAGCCCGGCCGGCGCCCCCCACCUCCACGGGAGCUCCAUGUACUUUGUGAACCCAGCGUCUGCCGCCCCCAAGUCCCCAGCCGGCUCUGGCUCCGGCUCCGGCUCCGACGCGGCGGGCACGGGCCGGGAUUUCCGGCUGAGAUCUUCCGGGAGGUUCCAGCACGAGGUGCAGGACGCACUAGAGGGUGUCAGCUUCAUUGCCCAGCACAUGAGGAGUGACGACCAAGACCAGAGUGUCGUGGAGGACUGGAAGUACGUGGCCAUGGUGGUGGACCGGCUGUUCCUGUGGGUGUUUGUGGUUGUGUGUGUGCUUGGCACGGUGGGGCUCUUCCUGCCUCCCCUAUUCCAGACCCACACGCCCUCUGAGGGGCCCUAGGCUGCCCUGCGUGCCGGGCUGCGGGGUGAGAGGACCCGAGUCCCUCGCCCGUCGACCCCACCAAACAGCCACAGCCAGGGCAGGACAGGACGGAAGCCAGGGCUGCCCUAGCUGAAGGCCUUGCAGGAACCCCAGCAGCAGGGGCUUUGGACAGCGUGACUCUGGCCAGUCUCCCUCCCUGCAAUGGGGAGAAGGACGUGCAUGGAAUCUUAUCCACAUCCCGGCCCCACGGCCACCCCGUUGCCCUCUGCUCCCCCUGCCCACAAGGUGCCCUGGGCUUCUGCCAGACCCUCCCACACUUCGGGAUCUUUUCUAGCUCAAAGCCUUUGCAAUGGCUCUACCCCCUUCCCCCAGUGCCCCCCACACUCCCCCAGUAGCUGCAGCACCCAACGCAUCCUCUGUCCCAGUGCCAUGUGCCCGAGAGGGCUUCCCAUCACCCCGCCGUCCUCCAGCCCUCCUGGGUACCAGAAGUUCUCACUGGUGCUGUCUGUUGUCCACAUCUCACCCACUCAGGGGUGAGCUCUGUGACAGCAGGAGCCUGGUCCUUCAUGUUCACACUACCCCCAGGGCCUAGGACAGCGCUCGGCACACAGCAGGUGCUUAAUAAAGGUUGAAUGAAUGAAUGCCUGAUUCCUGUUCCUUCUUCAAGCUCAGACGCCCCCCUGAGCAGCCAUCCCCGGCUCCCCUUCUGACAGAAGGACCCUCCGAGGAGCUCCACAGCCCGGGACACCUGCUGCUCACAUCAAGGCCAGGCGAGCCGCAUCCCUCACAGAUGCUCUGAUUGGUCCGCGCACUGGAUUCGCCCAGGGUCUGGCACGUGAAAUGCUCUUACAAUACUUGUGCAACAGAGAACUUUUUUUAAAUUCCAUUUUUUAAAAUUAUACAAUAAA